AUUUCGUUGUUACUAUUUCUUGUACUGAUAAGAUGUUAUUUAUGUAGGAGAGAUAAUUUUUUUACUCGGCCUCGGAGAAAAUCAAAUGAUUUAUACAGAAAAAGUAAAACUGUAUUCACAGCGCUGAGUAACUAUGAGAUAGAUUCAACACCAGUUGCAGAAAAGAGAUACAAAUGGAUAGCGAGAGUAGUGCACUCUAGAAAUUACAACUACCCGCACAUGUGUACUGCUGUGUGUAUUGAUACAAGGAUAUUUAUAACUGCCGCUGCUUGUAUAUCCACAUUAAAAGUGGUUCAGACUUCAAUAAUAUAUCAAUAUGGCCGCCUACACGCAAUAGCUUUUGUAAUACCAUCAAAUGGUUCACAGCAAGCGUUUGACGACAUUGGUUUUAUAAUUGUUGUUAAAGAUAAUUCAAUGAAAUGGCGGUCGAUAGGUUUAUUUGAUACAGUUAAUAGAACUGAUGAUGAUUUUGAAUGGUUCGCACAAAUAUUUAAUAGGGACGAGAUUGAACAUAAAGUUGUGGGAUAUACAGUCCCAAAGAUUAUACACCAUCUUGUGAUACCAGACAAACAAUUUUACCUCACGGAAUUACCAGUUGUGGUCAAUAUUAAUCUGUGCCCAUCAAUACUGACAUUCAAUAAUCUUAUAUCUGGUUUCUACUCCCCGUGCUACCAUUCCUGCUCAGUCUCAGAUUAUGAAAUCGGUGCGAAAUCUUGUGCAUCUUACCACGGUGUGGAGGGAGCUGCUGUGUUUAAUGUUGCUAGUAACAAAUUGCUCGGUGUUGCCACAUGGGGUCCGACUAAUAUGAAGCCAUUGCCAGUUGGCUUCGCAGUGCCCAAUUCAAAGAACUUUUUCGAAGAUUACAAUUGCGCUAAGAGGAUACGUGACGAUGAAAAUUAUCAUAAUUCAGGAUAUCAGGAACUUUGUGACUUAAAUUUGUAA